CACGAUUCACGGUGGUGCAAUCAGCAAUGUGUUGUUUUGCGUAAAUAAUUUAUUAUUUAUAAUUUCUACAUAUGAUCAUUAAAAGUAGAAUAUUUCCAUGUUUAAUUAAGAAUAUAUAAAUUUAUUGUCAUUAUCUUAUUUAAAAAAAAUGGGAGGGAAAGCAAAGCAGAGCCAAAGAACCAAAAACAAUGUUAGACCUUCCAGUAGUGGACGCAGUGCAGAAUUACUGAACAAUGUGAUAAAAACUGACAAUGUAUUUGGGAGCCUCAGUCCAGGGAAAGGCCUUACUGGCCUCUUCCCCACAAUGGCUGCCGGCCCACUCGAUCAGUUAGCAUCCAAUGAAUAUACAUUGGCAUUCAAGAAAUUGAAUAAAAAGGACCCCAUAACUAGGACCAAGGCUUUACAUGAACUAUUAGAGUUAGUUAAGAACAGUGAUAUAGAGGAUGUGGUAGCGGCCCUGCCUAACUGGGCUCACUUCUAUUUGAUGCUCACCAUUGACAGUGAAAGAAAGGUUCGGGAAGCUACACAAGCGUGCCACGGCGCGAUAGUGUCGCGCUGCGGGCGGCGCGCGGGCCCGCACGUGCGGCGCCUGCUGCCCGCGUGGCUGCUCGCGCAGCACGACGAGUACGCGCCCGCGCAGACGCUCGCCAACAACCAUUUGCACGCUACAUUUCCCGAUCACAAAUUAGGUGAUGCUAUAACAUUUUGUAAGUCAGAAAUAAUGGCUCUCAUCACAGACAACCUCACAGGGAACGCUGAAGCUAUAUUGAACAAGAAAAUAGACGAUCCAGACGAACGAAAGCUGCAAGUGUCCCGCGUGAUAUCCAGCAGCCUCCGCGCUCUCGACAUGUUCGUAUCCCGCCUCGCGCCGGAACACGAUCAGUGGCUUCUGGAACAGCUGCAGGCACUCUUUAGUAACAGCUUCUGGGCGAUCGCAACCCACGAGUCGCAUCAUGUGAGAGCGGCGUGGUACACGGCGACGGGGCGGCUGGUGGAGCGGCUGGGCGGCGCGCUGGGCGCGGCGCUGGGCCCGCUGGCGCGCGCGCUGCUGGCGCCCGGCCCCGCGCGCGCCCGCGCCGCCGCGCCGCGCUGGGCCGCGCUGCUGCUGCUGCUGCACCGCGUGCCCGACUGGCACGUCUGGCUGAAGAAUAAAGAUCUCCUUGUGAAGAGACUUAUAGAUACUUUGGAAAAUGGCGGGUGCGGAGACGCGAGCCUGCUGAGCAACGUGCUCCUGCCGCUGCUCUCCAAGUUGCCCCAAGAACUGCUCACUAAACAGUUCUAUCUUACCUUCUUUGAUGCCUUCUUUACUGGUUUACAAUUAAAAACAAUACUGAACUCGAAAAGCGAACGUCACUCCUGGAUCACAAACCUAUCAGAAUGCUUGCGUUACCUCUCUAUACAGAAACACGACUUCGUCAUAGAAGUAGUGGCACACGUGCACAGGACGUGGCUGGAGAAGAUAUUUGCCCUCCAAGAUGAUACAACGAGGGAUCACUUGAUCAAAAUAUCCGCGCACAAAAUGGCGGGCAUGGUCAAAUACUGGAUCAAACAGACCGCAGAAUCAACGGACGACGUUUACGACAAAUUGAUCAGGAACUUCUGGCAGAACUUCGGUGUGACUGUCGUCACGCAGAUAGAAAACGUUCCAGUGGAGGAUGAAGAUAUCUCGAAACUCAUACAUAUGCACACACUUCUAUUUAAGGCUUUGAAAGCGAAAAGCGAACCCAAAAAGUCGAUACGAUUCGAAGACGACGUCCCAAAUGAGACCGAAACAACUCUAGAAGCUGUGGAAUAUGAAAAGAACGUUCUAGAUUCAUUUGAACACAGCUUAAAGGAAUUCGUAAGCAAGGCGUGCAGCGCGUACUUCGAAUACGCUGAUAAGAAACAAAUGUCUAGAUCCAUAUUCCCCCCACUAUUGACCAUAAUUAACGAAUUUGAAAGUGAAGAUUUGUUCAUGGGAAUAGCACGAAGUUACAACACGAAUACAUUGUACCUGUUCUACGAUAAGGUGCUGAGGGGCUGGUUGGCGAGCGACACCAUGAGGUGCAAAGCGCUUGCGGAAAUUGUGUUCAUCAUAUCCAAGUACUUUAACGAUGAAGAGCUGGAGUCUAUGUACAAUUCGUUUCAACACCUGUCGCCGGUAGCGGUCGAGUGGUGCAUAUCGCUGUCCCUCUCGUACGCGCAGCGCUCGCGUGGCGCGGGAGAGAGAUGGCUGCGCGGUGACGUGGUGCAGCAAGCGCUCGUGGCGCUGUGCAAGCGAGGGGACGACGAGGCGAAUCGGUUGCUGUUGACUUGCUUAGCGCAGGAUAAUGGAGGAAGCUCCAUCCCGGCGAGCACGAUACAAGCGAUAGUGUCGCACGUGUCGCAGCAGCUGCGCCUCGCGGUGGAGGGCGCGGGCGGGGGCGCGGACGGGGGCGCGGGCGGGGGCGCGGACGGGGGCGCGGCGGCGCGGCGGGCGCGCUUCGGCGCGGCGCUGGCGGGCGCGCUGGCGCAGUCGCCGCACGCGCCGCUCGCGCACGAGCUGCUGCUCGCGCUGUUCCUGCUCAACCUCACCCUGCUGCCAAAAGAAGACGCCGAAGACGCGGAGGGCGAGGGCGUGGAAGGAGGCGAGGGUGUGGAGGGGGGCGAGGGCGAGGCGGGCGAGAGGGGGGCGGCGGCGGGGUGGGUGAGCGCGGGCAGGUGGCGCGAGCUGCUGCGCGCCUGGCACGGCGCCCUGUGCGCGCUCGCGCCGCCGCGCCGCGCGCCGCUGCUGCGCGCCGCCGCCGCGCGCGUGCAGGCGCGCCUGCGCCGCAGCCACGACGCGCUCGACAUACCCAUAAUAGAGCACAUAGUCUCUAUAUGCCCGUACCUCGUGGACUUCGACAACGUGACCACAGACAACUCCGAGCUCAUACAGAUAACGAAACAGCUGCUGGACAUAGACAUUACAGACUCAGAGACUGCCGUACUCACGUAUGCUCUGAGAAAGGACUGUGUUUGGGGUAAAUUGACGUGUCCAAUAGACGACGGAGACAUUUAUAUGAAGAGAGUUCUAGAAAUGGCUGACAGUAAUUCUACGGCAGAUUUGGAUGCAAGCGACGUUGUGGCAUAUGUAAAUAAGGUCGUUUUUCGCGCGUCUUACUUGAAGGAAAUCGUGACGAAAUGCGAAGAGCUUGAAGGGAGUUUGCUCGACGACGAGUUCUUUAGAUUGCUGUUUAUUGACGUGUUGUACGAUUCGGUGGUCGUGGGCUCGCUCUGCGAAGUAUACACUUUUAUGCCAUUCUACGCAGUUCUCAAACAGGCCAAUGACUACCUCGAUUGCGUUACGCAAGAGAUAAUACCGACCAUUUCAGAAGAUAACAACAAUCACAUUAAAAAUGUCUUAACACAAAGAUCUUUCAAAACUGGUUACUAUUGGGCGUUUACGAAUGCAAUGUAUGAAAGGAAAAUUGCUGAAAUUGCUAAAACUGAGCCAAGUGUAAAAUCUGAUGGUACAGUUGUUACUGAAAAAGAAAAUGCCGAAUCGAGCGGUACUGAUAAAGAGACAGAUAAAAAUGCAGAGUCUGAUAUGAGUAGUGCGCCAAUAACAGAGGUGGAUACAUUAAUGUUGGACAAAAUAGUGGGUAGAAAUGGAUUCUUCCAUAGCUUACAGGCAAAAACAUGGAGCUCUGCGGACAUCCUGCGCGCGCAGUACCUCGGCGCGGCGCGCUGCUGGUACCUGUGCCAGCGCGGCGCCGAGCCGGCGCGCUCGCAACACUUCGCGCGGCAAGUGGCCAAUUCGCUCGCCCGACACUGUCUGGACCCUAUCAUGGACGACUAUUACAAAUACGAUGAGAAGAUGUUUAACGAUAGGGACUACUCCAGAGAGCCGUGGAGUGUGAUCUCGUGCCACACUUCACUGAUCCAACUGCUCAAUACUCUAGUAGAUAACUCCGCGUGGGAUCUCUCCGCCCACGAGUGGGACUUCAUCAAUAUUGUCCUGUGUUCAGUGCUCAGCUCGCUCGCGAAGGCCCCUCGCUUGUCUUGCACUAAGUACGCGAGCGUGGCGCGCGCGGCGCUGGCGCUGCUGGCGGCGGCGGCGCAGUUCGCGCGCGGCGUCCCGCGCGAGAGCACGCGCCGCGCGCCGCCCGCGCACGUGGCCGCGCUGCCGGCCGAGUGGCGCGACAUCUUCGCGCCCGACGCCUUCGCCAACGUGCUCGCGCUGCUGCUGCACGUGCUCGAAUCAUCCCCAAACUACAAGCUGAACGUGAACCAGGUGACGUGCCUGGAGGCGCUGGUGCGCGCGGCGCCGGUGCUGAGCUGGGAGCUGCUGCCGCGCGCGCUGCAGCGGGGCGCGGGCGCGCUGCGGCGGCUGGCGGCGCUCGCGAGCCGCGCGCUGGCGCAGGACACGCACCACGCCUACAUGUUUGUGGCCUAUCGCGUGCUGCAGCUGAUCGCCAAACCUAUGGUUCUGGAGGAUGUGGAAAAGCUGAGGCAGCUGAGCGAGCGGCGCGAGCGAGAGGGAGACGACGACGAGGAGACCAUCUCGCUCUCGCUCGCACAGUUCUACGACGCACUCCGGGAGCCGCUCGCGGACGACAGGGUGUCCUUAUCUCGCACGUUCGGGUUCCUGCUGCAGAGCGUGGCGGUGUUCAGCCAGAGCUUGCUGGCCAGAGGUGACCUCGUGCAUCAUUACAUCAACUCGCUCAGUGAGAGCGGCGUGGUGUCGGCCGUGCUGGAGACGGCGCUGCGCCACGUGCCGCGCGCGCUGCUGGCCGACGGCGCCGAGCCGCCCGCCCCGUCCGCGCCGAGCCACCUCGCACUCUUCGCCGCCGAGCCCGCGCUGUCGCUGCUGGACGCGUCGGCGGAGCGGGCGCUGGGUGCGGCGGCGUGCCGCAGCGUGUACGUGUGCGUGCGCGGCGCGGCGGGCGCGGCGCGCGCGCACUGGAGCGCGGGCGGGGCGCGCGCCGCCGCCGCGCUGCGCCGCCUGGUCGAGCGCGCCGUCGCGCCGCUCAUGCUCGACGAGCAGCUCGCGCACCUGCGCGACCACGCGCACGAGCUCGAGGACGCCGACAUAUCAGUGGUGCGGCCGAGCGGCGGGGGAGCGAGCGUGAUCUGCAACGCGCACGUGGAGGAGCGCACCAUCGAGCUGCGCAUCGAGCUGAGCGCCGCGCACCCGCUCGCGCCGCCGCUCGCGCAGCCGCCCGCGCUGCCGCUCGCCGCGCACUCGCACUGCGUGCGCCUCUACCUCGCCUACCAGAACGGCUGGGUGGUGACGGCACUUAAGAUGUGGAUGGAGAUGCUGCGCAGCCGCGUCCAGGCGUCGCCGCAGUGCUACAUCUGCUACUGCCGGCUGCACCCCUCCAGCGGCAAGCUGCCCAACGUGCUGUGCUACACCUGCAACAACCGGUUCCACUCGCAGUGUCUUCGCAAAUGGUUCCAGACCAGCAAGAAGUCGAACUGCCCGCUGUGCCGCACCGUGUUCUAGUAUUCGCUCUCCGAGCUGCCCGGCUCCGACGACGAGGGAUGACGUCAUUAUCUGUCCUAGAUAAUGACGUCAUAUAACUUCUCAAAUAUACUGUACAAAAAUAGUUCAGUUAGUAAAGGAAAUGCAAUAAUUGUACACUAUGUGGUCUGAUUCUACAUGUAACUGUUAUUAAUUGAUUAGCUAAAACUGUCGCUAGCGUGUUCUAGAUCCAGUUUUACACUAACGUUGUUGACUAUGUGUAUUCUCAGUUUUUUAUAGCAAUAAUAAUUAAUUGUUUUAUCAUCUUAUACCGAUUGCGAACACUCUGCCUUAACUGUUAAAAUCUGAUAUUAUUAUAAUAAAUCAUGUUUUUAAAA